AUGAGUACGGGAUUGGGUAGACUAUUAGAAAUCGGAAUAUUCGUUGGAAGUUUUGUUUUAAUUUGGUAUUUAACGGGAGAAAAACUUUUUAAAAGAAAACGAAAAAUCGUAAAAGAUAAUAUUUUACUAAUAUUACGACACUUGUGUUUUGAAAUAUAUAAAGUGCUAAAUGAAAGCUCAAAAACAACUAAGCAAGUUUAUGAUAUGAUAAAAAGUGACCCCAAUGCGGCUAUAGAUGUGAGCAAAUUAGAAGAAGCUAUACUUAAUCAAGGUUAUAAAAAGAAAAUAGAAGAUGUAGAAAAACAAGUAUUAGAUAAAUUUAAUGUAACUGCAGAUGAUUUUUAUGAUGAAUUAAAAAAUUAUGAUAAAGAUGCAGAUGUUCAAAAAUCGCUUAAUUCAAUUAAAAAAAUGUAUAAUGAAUCAUUACUUGGAUUUGCUCCUAAAUUACCAAGUAUAGAUGAAAAUAUAUCAAAAGAUGUGAUAAUAAAUUUAACUAAUUUAAUAUAUAAAGAAAAAAGAAAAAUAUAUAAAGACAAAAUAGAUUCUAUGAUUAAAAAAAAUGAAGAUUUUGAUGCAGAUGUAACUUUUUCAGAUCCUGAAUUUUUUGAUAAAUUGCAAAAAUCGACUGAACAUGUUGAAGAACAAAUUAUAAAUGAAAAUAGUGAUAUAAUUCCUAAUUUAUUUACAUUCAAAUAUCUUGUUAAUUAUUAUUCGAAUGAUAUUACUUUUGUACAAAAAAAAAAAUAUUUAGAAUCAAAGCAUGGUGAAAAAAUGAUUAAAAUUUUAAAAAUAAAAAAAAAUAAAAAACAGAAAAAGAAAAGUAAUAAAGAUUCUAGUAGUAGUUUACAUACACAAAGUCAAAGGUCAUUGCCUGAUCAUAUCAAUUCAGAUAAGAAUGAAUAUACUAUUAAUUAUGAGGAUGAAAAAAAAAGUGAAUAUUCUAAAUCUUUGAAUAGCGUUCAUGCUUAUGAUAAUAUCAAUAAAAAUAUUUUUGAUACAAAUGUAGAACCCACUAAUUUUGCUGAUCAAACUAGCGUAGAAAUUAAAAAAAACGAACAUGAUAUUAAUGCUGAAGCUAGUGAGAAAAUAUGGGGAAGGACCUUAAAUGAAAUCAAACCAGAUAAUGAUCAGAGUAUUUCAUUUAAUAGUAUCCCUGAACAAUAUAUAAAUAAUAUUGAUGAUUUUUCUGUGAAUAAGGAAAUCGAUCAAGAUCAACAAGAUAGUGACAUUACCACAAACGACAAUGCAUUAGAACCCAAAAUAAUUGAAUCUGAGGAAAAUCCAGAGCAGAGCGAAAAACCGCACGAAAGCGAUACUCCUAGCGAACCCGAUGUAGAAGUUGAAGCGCCGGUAGAACCAGCAGAAUCAAAAAUAGCAGUAGAAUCAGAAGCAGAAAUAGAAUCUGAAGUACCAGCAGAACCAGAAGCAACAAUAGAUGCCGAAGUAGCUGUAGCAGUAGAAGCGGAAGCAGCAGCAAUAGAAGCUGAAGUACCAGCAGAAGAAUCAGAAGUAGCUGUAGCAGUAGAAGCAGCAACAAUAGAUGCCGAAGUAGCUGUAGCAGUAGAAGCAGCAGCAAUAGAAGCUGAAGUACCAGCAGAAGAAUCAGAAGUAGCUGUAGCAGUAGAAGCAGCAGCAAUAGAAGCUGAAGUACCAGUAGAAGAAGUAGAAGCUGAAGUACCGGCAGAAGAAGUAGAAGCUGAAGUACCGGCAGAAGAAGUAGAAGCUGAAGUACCAGUAGAAGAAGUAGAAGCUGAAGUACCAGUAGAAGAAGUAGAAGCUGAAGUACCAGUAGAAGAAGUAGAAGCUGAAGUACCAGUAGAAGAAGUAGAAGCUGAAGUACCAGUAGAAGAAGUAGAAGCUGAAGUACCAGUAGAAGAAGUAGAAGCUGAAGUACCAAUAGAACAAGAAGCAGCAAUAGAAGCUGAAACUGAAGAUGGAAAACAAAAUUCAAACGACGCCGAAGUUGCGAGCGUAGAAAAUAAGGCCUCUGAAAAUAGAGAAGCCAAUGAUAAAUAUAGUAAUACUAUCCAAGAAGUAGAAACCGCAACUAAUUCGGAAGCAGGAACAGAAAAAAGUUAUGAAACAAAAGGAUCCGAAGCCAAAAAAAAAAAAAGAACUUUGGGAUUUUUGAAAAAUAUCCAAAAGAAAAAUAAAGCCGAAAAAGAAUAA